UGGGGUCCUUGCAGAGCAGUGAUCGGGAUCUCUGUGCUCGCAGUACUGCAAAAAUGUCUGGCAGAGACGGUGGCAAAAAGAAGCCUCUGAAACAACCCAAGAAACAGACAAAGGAAAUGGAUGAGGAGGACAUGGCAUUUAAACAGAAACAGAAGGAGGAGCAGAAACAGCUGGAGGCCAUGAAAGCCAAAGCUGCAGGGAAAGGACCGCUGGCAAGUGGUGGAAUCAAGAAGUCUGGAAAGAAGUGAAAUCUUAUUUCAAGAAGCGUCUCGUGACCCCCGUCUCAAUAUGCCUGAGAUGUGUUUAUUUUUCUGGGUCCAUUUUGGAAGACAUAUUUGAAUUACCUAGCUGUUAUUCUUUAAAAAUGAAAAUAAAGUGUUUUUUUUUUCUUU